GACCUGGUAGCCUGGGUGACUGCUGGCUUCCUCCACAUCCCUCACGCUGAGGAUAUCCCCAACACGGUUACCGUGGGCAACGGAGGCGGGGUCCUGCUGAGGCCUCACAACUACUUUGAUGAAGAUCCAUCGGUGAAUUCCCCCGACGCCGUGUACUUUGAGCCUGGCAGUGAGGACAGCUGUGAAAACAACAGGAUGGCCUGCCUUGCUCAAGAGACCUGCAGCCCCGUGCUGGAACCCUUCAGCUACCACGGCUUUGAGGGCGUGAUGAAGUUUACUUGAACAAACUGAGAAGUGAGAUCAGAAAAAGGUUCAUCUGUGUCAUUUAUUACUAACAGCUAGAUUUGUAAUUGGUCUGGAGCGGUGGUUCUCAACCUGUCUGCACAACGUUCCACCUCUGAGGAAACAU